UUCACUCACUGUGCCAAAAAAAAAAAAAGAGAAAGGAGGAGCCGUUUUCAUCACAACAGCUUUAUUUUCUGCUAAUCUUCUUCUGAAACAGAAGGUUUCACUUUCUGGGGCUCCUCAAUAGCCUAAAGAAAAGAUUUUUAUUCUAAGCAUGUGCUUCUCUCUAGUGUACAAAUGAUACUAGUACUUUUUUCACUGUCCCAAAAAAAAAAAAGAAUCUUGAAAAUUCAAGAUUCAGUCAAUCCCCUUUUUUUUCUUUCCUUUUUCAUCUUCCAAUAGUCAGUUCUAGCUGUUUUCUUGAACAGUAGCACAUUGCGUGAAAGUUAAAGGUAUUGCUGUUCCUAUUUUAUUUGUUUGAGAGUGGUUUCUUGUGAAAAGUUUGUCAUAAUUGAACACAGCUCAGGGUGUUACUGUUCAUUGCUAUUUUCUUGUUUCUGAUAUUUUUGCAUGAAAAUGUGAGGUUUUUUUUUUCCUUUCUUUUUGGGGACAAGGAGGUGUGAGUGAUGUGGUGGGUAGAAGGGUCAGUGGUUUUUUUUUUCUUUUUCCAAUUAAUGUGUAGAUAAUGUUUGAUAGAAGCCAAAGUAUGUGAAUCACAUUCAGCAGAGUGUGAGAAAAAGGUGAAGAAAUUCAAGAAAGGAUUUUUUUUUGAAGGAGGAUUGUUAGCUCAAGUAGAGAAAUGAAUGAUAGUUUAGCCAUAACAGCAUCAUCAUUGGCCAUUACUGAGAAAAAGCCUCAAAGGCCUGGGGGUUGUGUGGGUAUUUUCUUUCAACUCUUUGAUUGGAACCGUAGAUUUGCCAAGAAGAAGCUGUUUCCAAAGAAACUGCUUUCACCAGCUCGCUUGAAACAAGCUUCAAAGAAGUUUGGAGGGGAUGAGAAGCAGCCAAAGCAUCGUUUGAUUGCUAAUGAGAACAGUGGGGGUUUUCCAAAUGCAAAGAACAAUGGAAUGAGCAGUAGUCGUUGUGAAAGCAAGCGUGAAAUGAAAGCACCAAGUUUGGUUGCUAGGCUCAUGGGUUUGGAAUCAAUGCCAGCAGGACCAGGUAGUAAGGCCAAGAAGGCUUCAGCAUCUGAAAUUGGGAGCAAUGUCGCGGAGAAACUUGAUGCUCGGCCAAGCGGAUCUGAUAAAGAAGAUAUGGAUUGUGAGAAAGCUGAAAUAAAGCGUGAAUUGAGGCCUCAAAAGCUUCAGAAGAUAGGGGUGAGCGAGAGACGUCCAGUAAGCAGAUUUAGUGCUGAAGCAUUGCAGUUGAGGACUGUAUUGUCAAGGCCAAGGAAACAUCAGCCUAAACUGGUUUCUCCAGUAAAAAGUCCUAGAAAUGUCUCUGGUAGAAAUGCAUCUAGGUUGAUUGGGGCUGCAACUAGGAUUUUGGAACCUGGUUUGCAAAAGAGUAGGGCGAAAUGUGCUCUCACUUAUCCUAAAUAUUUUUCUCCUUUGGAAGAUAAAGCAGAUUUAGCACUGCAUCAUUUGGAAGGCUCUAAUCCUUAUGUGGAUUCAAAGACUUUGGAAGUGAGAGCAUCUGUACCUUCAUGUAAAAAUUGUGGUUAUAUGCUUCAUAGUAAGAACGGUACACCAAAUGUGGAAGAACACCCAUCGUCUGUCUCGUCACCUGUCUCUAGUUACUCUGAACCUUCUUGUCAAGGUCCAGGAAGAAAUAUGCCAAGGUUGCCCAUUUUCAGCAGCAGGGAUCAAUUAGAGAGAGUUUCUGAGGGUUCGUCCUCAGACGCCAAUGCUGAAAUAGAUGAUGUAUCAUACUGUGCAGAACUCAUAUUGGGCAAGCGACCUAUUAGCAGAAGUCGAAUAGAGAUGCAUGGCUCCCGCCAAGGGAGCAAUGCGAAAAAGGAUGCAUCAUCUGUCACUCAUGUGUUUAACCAGAAGCAAAAUCAAACAUCUCAGAAUAGAGAGAGGGGUUUCAUGAAGUCCAAGCCAAGUAGUUUGCAGAGCAACAGAGUUUUAGCAGCUGCAGAAUCUAUGAAUAAUACCAAAAAUUUUGCUGCACAGAACAGAAGGUUAGGUGCAUCUACCCGUUUGAGGAUGCCAGCCACAGCCGACGGCUGCAAGUUUGAAACUGAAAGAAAACCUUAUUCAAGGAGAAGUGAUUCCCUCUCUCCGGUGCGGAAGAAGAGAUUGAUGAAUGUCUCUAGACAAGGUGAAAGUUCUAGUUUUGUGAAUGGGAAUUUGGGAAGAGAAUCAAGUCCUUAUUCUGACAAAACAAGUAGAAGAGAUGUUGUUUUCCCAAUUUGUCCCGUUAAUAGUCACUCCACUAAACCCAGAUUGCCAUGUUUGCGAGAGAGUGGUGCAACCAAUGAUAGUUCUGAGGGAAGUAAUGUUGUUUCGUUUACUUUUAAAUCUGCAAUGAAGCAGAAAGCUGGCAUUCAUGCAGAAGUCACAAAAAGGAAGUCUCACAAUAGCUCAAGUUUUGAUGCUACUCCAGGGAGAUCCAUCUUUAAUGGUAAUGAUGAAACAGCAUGCUUGCAGAAAUCCUUUCCUUUGAAAGGAGACAUUUUAGGAGCACUUUUGGAGCAAAAGCUAAAGGAAUUGACUAGUGAAGAAGAGUUCGCAGAAGGAGGUGCUGCACCUAGAAAAAGCACUGCGACAAUCCUUCAGGAGCUAAUAACUGCUUUGAAUGCUGAGAGACAAUGUCAUCUGGAUAGUUUGCCUGUUAGACCUACCAGAAAAGAAGAUUUGUGUGAUGAUGGUGACGUGUCUUCAAGAAAUACGUGCAUGAAUUUCCAGGCCACGCCAGAUUCAGCAACUGAUUUAGUUGGGAAUUCACUUGAUAAUGAUCACCUUAGUCCAGGAUGUGUUCUUGAAGCUACAUUUUCAACUGACAGCUACCUCUCCAGCAGUCCCAAUAGUAGCUCAAAGGACAAAGUGCUUGCUGAAUCCGUGGACUCUAUUUAUGAUGAACCACUCUUUCCAGAACCUGAUAGAGAUCUUUCGGAUUGUGCGACCUCAUUAUUCACCAGGAGGAGUUGCAGAGCACUGAUCACAGAUCAUGUUAACAACAUUUCUGGAGUGCUAAGCAAGAUUGAUCAGUUAAAAGGAAGCAAACUCGGUUACGCAAAUGAGGUCAUUUUGAAUACUGAACUCAUACUUGGAACCACACCUGAACAACAGGCUUUACAUGUAGAUGAUGGGUUAUCCGUGAGCCAUUUUCUCCUCAAUGAACUUGAAAUGCUAUCAAGUCUUCUAUGGAUGACUUUUGGUCAGUUGCUCGGCUGUAAUGAUCCCAAACAGAUGAAUCAGCUUAAAGGAUUUGCCUUUGAUUGUCUAUUAGAGUAUCUAGACUCUAAAUUUGGUCGAUACUCUGAUUCUGGUUUCAGAAUCUGGUCUAAACUACCAUCAAGCAUGACUAAAGAGAUUCUGAUUGCUGAUAUUAUUGAAGAGGUCAAAGAGUGGACAGAAUUUGUUGGGUUGAUCCCCGACGAGCUAAUAGAAUGGGAUAUGAGCCAUUCUUUGGGUAAAUGGACAGAUUUCGAGAUUGAAGAAUUUGAAUGUGGCACUGAAGUUGAUAGGCAUAUUCUCCAAGUAUUAGUAGAUGAAGUUGUUUUGGACCUCUACAGUUCUAGCUAAAUUUGGAUGGAACUGUUUGUAGCUCCUCUUUUUGAGAGUUUGUAGUAAGCCUAUCAGUGUUCUCAUGUGAUAACUCUGGCCUCAAUAAUUUCAAGCAAAGUAUUUUGUACAAAUCA